UCUAGAAAAUACCAUUUUUAUUCACAGUUACCUGAGACACGAAGACAUAAAAGUCUUAUUAUGUACAAUGUUAUCUUUUUUCAUAGAACCAAAUUAUUGAACAAGGAGAAAAAACAGAGUGAAGAGAUUCUGUUUCAGAUGUUACCUAAAUCAGUUGCACAACACCUGAAAGAAAACAACAGUGUAAAUGCCGAACAAUUCCAAGAAUGCACCAUUCUACAGAGUGAUAUGGUUGGCUUCACUAAAUUAUCGUCCAAUAGUUCGCCAUUACAAGUGACUGAAAUGUUGAACAUCCUCUUUUCCUGCUUCGAUAACAGAAUUAAUUUGUAUGAUGUUUACAAAGUGGAGACGGUAGGAGACGGCUACUUGGUUGUAUCAGGUGUGCCUAGAAGGAACGGACAAAGACACGCGUCUGAAAUAGCCACUCUUUCGUUAGAUUUAUUGCAUCACGUAAGCAGGCUUGACCUUCCUCAGUUUCCUGGCGAGAAGUUCAAGAUAAGAGUAGGCUGUCAUUCAGGUCCAGUUGUUGCAGGAGUCGUUGGGAAUAAGAAUCCUAGGUAUUGUUUGUUUGGAUCCACAGUACGUGUUGCUGCAUUAAUGGAAUCAUCAGCAGAAGUAAAUAAGAUUCAAAUCAGCCAGUCAACAUUUGCAUUGCUACAUGAAAUGGGUGGAUUUGAGAUGAAAGCGAGAGAUAUUUAUAAUGUUACGGUUGGAGUUGAAUUAAGGAAGCACGGUUCCUCUGAAAAGACAUUCUGGCUACUUAAGAAAGAGCUCAUCGAAUGGGAAGAGGAAUUCUGCUCAACACCAUCCGAUGGAGCUUCAGUGGGGAGUUCUCUUUGAUACUCAUGACGUCACUAUAUAAAAUGUGCAUGCAAAACUGGAUUUGGUACCUAUAUAGUAAUUGUAAUAAUUUGUAACAUUUAAAACGAAAUGUAUUUAAGUAUAUUGAAAUAACAAUUAGCUAGCGUCCCUGUGUAAUUUGGUGAAUACUAAAUAGCUUUUUCUUCUUCUUGUUACCUGUAUCAUUUUAUAUAUUAUAAUAGAAAGGAAGGAUAUGCGGUCUUUAAUUCAUGACCCAUAUCCCGUAACAUGUUAUAUUUUAUUUUAUUAUGACGAAGGGUUGCAUAACAUUGAAUGUCUAACUGGAAAUGGGUACACUUCGGCCCUACAUUUGACAAACUAGAUUUAAUAUAAAAUAAGAAGAUUUGGUAUGAUUGCCAGAGACCAAAUGCCACAAUUGUUAGAAACUAUAGAAAUAGGAUGAACGGAUCAUAUAAACCCGAAGGCAAAUAGAAUACGAGCCCAAACGAACAAAAUAUAAACAAGUCUAAAUUGAAAACAACGUUCAAACCUAUGAUUGCGUUGGAUAAAAACAGCAAUUUUUAUACGCGUGCAUGCAAAACAAAUUUCUUGUUAGAAUGGUCUAGAUACAGCACAAACAACAUUUUCCAAAAGUCCAAAAGAGUGAAAAAGUAUAUUUUAACAAAACGCAUUUGACUAACAGGUCGAAUAACAAAUGUUCUUAAACCCUGCUGACUGCCAUUUGCGAUUGCCAAAUAAACGGAUCACCGAUGUAAUAAAUGGAUCUUAAUUAUAAAUUUAAGACAAAACAGAAAACAAUAAACUUGCGGAAAAGAUGGUAUUCCGCAAAAAAUGGUGCAAAGGUUUUUGUACACCAUAUCCGGAUUUCGACAAUUAAUGUCUCUUAAGUGAUGUUAGGAAUCGAACGGUAUUUGGAAAGCCAUACAAUUUACCUCAAUUUAGGAUAGACUCUUGAAUUUUGAGGAGUCAAAAUAGGAUGAACGGAUCAUAUAAACUCGAAGGCAAAUAUAAUACAAGCCCAAACGAAAAAAGAUAAACAAGUCUAAAUUGAAAACAACGUUCAAACCUAUGAUUGCGUUGGAUAAAAACCGCAAUUUUUAUACGUGUGCAUGCAAAACAAAUGUCUUGUUAGAGUGGUCUAGAUAGAGAAAAAACAACAUUUUCCAAAAGACCAAAAAAGUGAAAAGUAUAUUUUAACAAAACGCAUUUGAUAUAUAGUAUAUGCAAUGUAUGGAGAAUACACAAAAUGGUAUAAUAGGCAUGAAGUCCCGUAUUGUUGUAUUUUCGCCAUGUUAAAUGUAUAUAAAAACGAUGUUGUGGGCUUUGUUGUCAGUUCUGUCACAUCUUUUCUUCUUCAGGUAAGAAAGAUGUGUUUAUUUGGUUGUUAUACAAUUAUUUGCUGUUUGUUAUACAAAUAAAUUGAUUAUAAAUCUU